UGCACUAACAAAAAAAUAUAUAUAUGAGAGACUGACAAGUGUGCGUUUACAGUCUACUAAACUACUUAGUCUAUUCAUAUAAAACCAAUUAUUGUCGCGUGAGGGGUGAAUAACUGACACAACUUAUAUAUCGAUAUGGUAGAGGCAUGGCGAAUGGAGGGCAGUAUUCCCUGCUUGUAUUCGUAAUUUAUAUUUUGUCCAUACUUGUCGCUGAAGUCACAUAUGCCUUUUUGAACAAAAAAACAGCCUUAAUACGUUAUUUAUUUCGAUUGCAAUGAUCAUACCCAAGGUAGCGUAUUGCGGAAGUAGAUAUGGGUUUAUUAUUGAUAACCCACUAUGUAGAAAGAGACCUUGCACAUCAAGUAACAAUUGUGAUAUGUCUAUUUAGCUUUGUUCAGUAUACAAUAGGUAUAAUCAGACUAUGAGUUUCAGCAGCUAUUGCUCUGGAAGAGUCGAAAAAAGAAUGGAUGACUUUCUUUGUGUUCUCGGCGUUUUUUUCGUCCCCUUUGUUUUCGGGAUCAUUAUUGUCUUUUACUUUGUUUGAUUGGUUUCCCGUGUGUGCGUUUGUGGUGCCGAGGCGUGUUAGUUAUGUGUCUUGCUGGAAGAGGCGCAAUAGUCGCAACGAAAUCGCCACAUAAAAAUCUUGAAUUUUAUAACUGAAAAUUCUAGGGGAAAAUGUAAAUAACCAAUAAUUCUUGGGUAUAAAAUUAUGUAUUAUUUACGUUGGACAUCAUGAUCAAAAUUUAAAUUGUUGUAAAUAAAUAACAGAAAGUUAUUACGUGUGGUCACUUGCACAGUUUAAUUCAAACGUUAAUUCUGUAAUAAUUGUUAUAUCUUACUUGUUUAUAUUCCUAUGGAUCUUAUAUAAAAUGCUACUUAAACUGUUUAUUAAAUUAUUUUUAUUUUUAUUUUUAUAAAUUAUAUUUAUAUAAUUAAUUAUUAUUAAUUUAUUAAAUUAUCUUUAUUAUUGUAAAGCUAGCUUUUAAAAGCAAUUAUUUUCAUGUUGAAUUAAUAAUCUGCAAUCAAAUUUUAAAUAAUGGAUAAUUUGAUUGAUGAUAUUAUGCAUAUUAUCCACAAAAAUCAUCCUAUUGAAUCAAUGAAUUUAAAAAAACGAUCCAAAAAAACAAUUUCAAGCAAUUCAUCUUUAAAGGAAAUACAAAAUGAUAUUGAACAAUUACUUGCAAAUAAAUCGUUUAAUGCAGGUGGUGUUGAAUAUAGUAAUUUAAAUAAAAUGAUGGCAUGUUGUAAUUUGAAGGCAGGUGAAGAAGUCAAGGCUAUAUAUAAUCUUUCUGAAUCACAUGCAAUAUUUUUUCGACAACAAAUUACAUAUAGGUUUCUGAAAAAUAAAAUGCGUGAAAAAAUUCUAUGCACGCCUCAAGUAUAUGGGCUCAAAUUUGAAUAUAUAAAACUUCAUGCUCAAUAUCCAGAACCUGAGGCAGCUUUACUAUCUAAUCUUGUAAAUCUUCCAAAAGAGUGGUAUAUCGUACAAGUCACAGCACAAUUUGAGGACUCUUUGUAUUUACAGUACAAUAAACAUACUUAUCAUUCUAUGCAUGCUCUACACAUUACUAUACUUCCAACUGGUAAUAGCAUUAUAGAACCACUUUGUAUAACUUUACCAAAACCACAGACACAUACUAUGUAUGAUAUAUGCAAUGAAAUUCAUGAGAUUUUGGGUAAUAAUAAAUCAGAUCUAACAGCAACAUAUGCAAAUAAAGAAUUGUAUUGGAAGAUGCGCCUGAAGCAAGAUAAUAAAAUGAAGACAGCAGUUCAUGAAUUAGAAUUCACAUGGUUACGUGAAUGGAGAAUACUUUUUAUGGCAGAUCUCAUUGACAACAUGGAUGUUGCAACAGAUAUGGAAUUAAUAAUUGAUAAAUUAAUAGCAGAUUGUCCAUCUUGUGACUAUAUAUGCCCUCGUACUAAGUGGUUAUUAAAAAAGAUAAGCCUGGGUGCAUGUUUUUUGACAAGAGAAGAAAUAGCACGAGCUGUUAAAUAUGUUCUUUGCAAUCACGAAAAACUGGCAGAAAAUGUGAUACUUUCAAUUUAUGGAAAAUUAUUAGACUUACAGAUAUUACGAAAUGCAAAGAGAAAAACUUUGGUUUUAAUUAUAGAUGAACAUAUGGACUUUUUACCAUUUGAGUCUAUAGAAAUUCUUAAAAAUAAUCCUAUUACACGAUUCUCUUCCAUCUAUGUAGCAUAUGCAUUAUUUAAACAGCAUGAGAAUACAAUAAAGGAUGGAUGUAAAAUAAUUAAAGCAAAAGAUAAUCUUGGUACAUGUAUAGUUAAUCCUUCUGGUGAUUUAUAUAAAAUGGAAAAACGUUUAGAAUUAUUUAUAAAUUAUUGGUUAACAAACUGGAAAAGCUUAUACAAUACAAAGCCAAAAGAAGACAUGUUUGAAGAUGCAUUGGUUAAUUAUGAUAUUCUAAUGUAUAAUGGUCAUGGAAGUGGUAUACAGUAUUUACCUGGAGAACAUAUAGAAAAACUCAAGGUAAAGGCAAUCGUGUUACUAUUUGGAUGCAAUAGUAUCAGAAUGACUCCUAUAGGUGGACGUUUUCCCCCUUAUGGUAUAACCAAUCAAUAUUUGAUAGCUAGCAGUCCAUGUGUUUUGGGCAUGCAAUGGGAAGUAACAGAUAGCGACAUUGAUAAAAUGACAGCAAGUUUUAUUAGUACUUGGAUUCCAUCGUCCGCCCAACGAUCAUGGUCUCAUGUAGAUAUUGAUGCAUGGUGCCAAGGCAAUUUUAGAUUUGUAAAAGAUUCUCAAAAAAAAAUGGCUAAGGUAACAACGGAACCUGAGAUGUUGAGAGCAAUAUCAAAAUCAAAAGAAGCAUGCUCACUAUACAUGACAGCAGCUUCAAUAAUUACACGUGGUUUACCAAUAAAACUUGAAUAAAUGCGUUACACACAUCGGUGAUACUGUUGUCAAUAUAUAUAUGCACUUUUGCGACAUUUUUUAAAAUUUGCAAAACUUAAAAAAAUAUAAACUUUCAAAGUAGAAGAUAUUUCAUGUAUUUUAUCACUUAUUGUCUAAAAAAAAUCAAUUUCAAGUCUACUUUUCUCACAUGAUAAUUUGUGGUUCCGGCACAGAACUCGAAAUAUUUUUAUGUGGUAAUACUUGACCACCAUUGAUAUAAAGUUCGUCCUGGACUAUUACGUCUUCUCCGAGAACUGUUGUACCUUCCAUUCGUACCCAACGUCCGACAACACUACGCCAACCAACGAUACAACUAUUUAACAAAAAAUAAAUAAUAAAUUUCUUAAGAAAAAU